UUGGAAAAAUGAGGCUUUGGCCCCUCUAUCAGAGGGAAAUCAGUUUUUAUCCGAAGGAAUUCCCUCAAAACAGUCACAGUCUGACGGAGAAUCUCACAGGUCUAAUAUGGAGAAAGAGGACCCUCGCUCUUCGCCCAGUCCGCCCUCGACGCCGUCCGUCUGCUCGCCCAUCUCCAGCGCCUCCUCCGUGCCGUCCACCGGGAAGAACGUGUGCGCGAGCUGCGGCCUCGAGAUCCUGGACAGAUAUCUGCUCAAGGUUAAUAAUCUGAUCUGGCACGUGAGGUGUCUGGAGUGUUCCGUUUGCAGGACGUCACUACGUCAACACAGCAGCUGCUACAUCAAAAAUAAGGAAAUCUUCUGUAAAGUGGAUUAUUUCAGUAGGUUUGGUACAAAGUGUGCCCGCUGUGGCCGGCAGAUCUACGCCAGCGACUGGGUACGGCGAGCCAGAGGCAAUGCCUACCAUCUGGCCUGCUUCGCCUGCUUCUCCUGCAAACGGCAGCUGUCCACAGGCGAGGAGUUCGGGCUGGUGGAGGAGAAAGUACUUUGUCGGAUCCAUUACGACACAAUGGUGGAGAACCUGAAACGGGCCGCUGAGAGCGGAAGCGGACUCACUCUGGAGGGGGCGGUGCCGUCAGAACAGGACAGUCAACCAAAACCGGCCAAAAGGGCACGAACGUCCUUCACUGCAGAACAGCUGCAGGUAAUGCAGGCGCAGUUUGCACAGGACAACAACCCUGACGCUCAGACCCUGCAGAAGUUGGCAGACAUGACAGGACUGAGUAGACGAGUCAUACAGGUUUGGUUUCAAAACUGCAGAGCGAGGCAUAAAAAGCACACUCCCCAGCACAGCGGCCCACCUCAAGCUCACCCGCAGGCCCGCAUGCCCCCAUCGCUGCCCGACGAGCUGCAUUACUCCCCUUUCGGCAGUCCUGAGAGAGCACGCAUGGUGGCCCUGCACGGGUACAUCGAAAGUCAUCCGUUCUCGAUGCUCACCACACAGAGCCUCCCUCAUCAGGCCAUGACGUUGCCGCAGCUCCCUCUCAGCCGCUAACGCCCCCGCCUCGCACUGACCCCUGACCUCCUGCUCCAAACCUCCGUCCCCCAGCGCCGACCCCAGAGGUCGGAUCUGGCUGAAGGAGAGGGGCACGGUCCCUCUUGUUCUUGACCUCUGAACUCGCAAAGAGAGAGACUGUUUCCUCUCUGGUUUCAUUGGACAGGAUUUACUCACCUGCAUCUAGUCACUCUCGGUUAAGGAAAACCGCAUACGUGACCUGUGGAUUUAGGACUUUGUCACCAAGACCAGGAUCUGGACUUUUGGACAAAGAGAAAAGACUCGAGCACACACUGUAAAAGACUAGCGCUCUUUGUGCGUCCUCUCUUCUGAUAAUCUCAUCUGACUCUGAAUGCAAACAAAAGGAAUGUAAAGUUACCAGCAUCAGUGUUAAACAUUUAGAUUGAAAAAGGCAAAAGCACAAAAGAUGUGGAUGGGAAAUAAAUGGCAUAGAACCAGGUGGUAAGACAAAUUUUCUCUCUCUUUUUCCUUGCCGAAAUACGCCACGAUUGAAAUCUGUACUAAGCCACUGAAACGAAUUUAUGCCACGGUUCAGUUCACUAUUCCUUGCUUUCUUGUUCUAACACCCGUUUGCAAAGCAUAUGUGUUUUCUUGGGCCUAAAAAGCCAGCAGUCUUGAUUUGUCCACAGAUUUCACUUUAAAAAUAAUCGUA